AUGAUUCCUACACCAGUUUCAAAAAAAAUAAGAAGUAGAUUGAAUUUAUCAAUUCAAAAAAAACCGCAUUUUUUAUUUCGACAAAAUGUAUUACUUGAUAAACGUGAAAAGUGGGAACCAAAACUGAGAAAAGGUCAUCCGCAAUUUAUAAAACAAUUUGAUAUAUUAAAUAGACAAGUUACAGGUUUUCGUAAAUAUAAACAAGUUACUAUUAAGAGAGAAGAAAUAAAAAAAAAUUAUGAUAUUACAAAUUUUCAUGAAGUAAAAUCAAAAUUUAGAUUUGAAAUCAAUGGAUAUUUUGGAGAUAACGGGAAUAUAUUUUGUGAAGAGUUGUAUAGAACUGCCAAACGAAUGUUUAUAGUAGGAUGGAUAAAAUGCAGAAAACGAUUUGCCAUGGGACACUUUCAAGGAGAUUCUUAUGCUAUUUCUUAUUUAAGGCAUUGGUUUGAUAUGUAUUCAUCAGACACAAAUAGAAUUGAUAAAUUAAAAAUUUUUGAUGAGAAUCAUGGGAUACCAAAUUUAGAUUACUACAACAUUACAAUAGUAAAAGAUUAUAGAAGUCCAGCAAAGAAAAAAAUGCAUAUGAUUCAGAGUCAAGAUUUUUUAAAAACAAAGAAAUUAUUUAAUAUAAAAUAA